GUCCGAUAUCGUUAUCUCUCUCUGUGCCACUCAAAGAAAACGUAAUCCAAGCCAAUGGAGGAGACGACAUGGGGACAGAGAAUACAAGCGGUGACACAUAUCCUCACAAACCCAACAACGAAACCAUCACUUUACUCUCAAUUCUUCAUCGGAGCCAUAAUUCCAAACUACGUAUCGUGGGAUUACCCUCCGGUCUAUUCGCCGACGCAUCUCCGUCAAUGGUGGGUUUCUCAGUUCUUCAAAAGGGUAUCGAGAUUUGGGCUGCCUGAUACAUCGUGGAGGUCGAAUAGCCCGUAUUAUCAGCCACCGGCGGCGGUUAUGGCUGUCGGAGUUGAGGAAGGGAAAUGGGGGAAAGAGGAGAGGAGAGAGUAUGCGAGGAAGAGGCUGAGGAGGAAGAGAUUGGUGAAUGAAGUGAAUCCAUAUAUUCCUCUUUUAGUUCCGAAUUUGCUUUUGUUUACUCUCUUGUUAUGGGAUCCUCUUCCUGAGUAAAUUUAUGGUGGUGAAUCUGUUACAGAUUAUCUGUAAGUUAUUGAAUUUGUUGUAAACAAGAUCUGUGUGUUUUGUAAUGAAGAAGACGAAGAGACAUAGACUCAAUACUCUCUCGUUUGGAUUUAGUGUAAUAAAAAAACCGGCCGUAUCGAACCGGUAAUAUGUAUGGUUUUUUAUUUUGUUCGGUUUGGUUUCAAGGGACUUGGUUUGACUUGAUCCGGUUUGGUUUCAAGGGUCUUCUAUUCUUCCGUUUGGAUGUAAGUAGCAUCCAUCAUUCAUAGGGUCACAUUUAUGAAACCCAACAAGUUUUUUGGGAUUUGAUUUCUUUGUCUUGCUUAAAACUUGAAAAUGUUCAGUAGUGAUGAUUGUCAAUUUGUUACAAACAAAAAUAAUAAAGGACUUUGAAUA